CAAAUAACGGAAUAAGCUCCAAAGACAGAUCAAAAUGCGACCAUCCGGACCCUUACCCGUGCUGUUCCCACGUGAGCUUCCCCAACAGACGUGACCAGGCGAAUGAAUAUCAAGUUUCCUACUCGAGGUAUCCUUUAAUUGCGCCGCCUUCCCUCGGCUCAUUUAAAGUCUUUGUUCCUCCGCAUUCUUUUGUUCUCGGCCCUUUCUUUCUUGAUCUUUUUGCUAGGUUCUCGCGAGCACAAACCUCAACCGUUUUGCAACUCCAAUUCAUUCCGCCAGCAUGAAAGAUCCAUUUCCUUUGCAGCCUUCGCCCUGGCUAUCAGAAAAGACACAGCCCUGGGCCGACUAUUUCGACCUGCCUACUCUCCCGCUGCACAUACACGAAGUUCUGGCCGCAGCGUUGUUAUACUCGGUCAUCUUCUGGCCUAUCUCGCCAUGGAUCUCAAACCUUCUGGCCCCGGAGCACUACUCCAAGCUUCCUCGCAAGCGACGGCUCAACUGGGACGCCCACGUUGUUUCCAUGGUUCAGAGCUGCCUAAUCAAUACCCUGGCUAUAUGGGUAAUGUUCGUCGAUACUGAGAUGAGCGACAUGGAAUGGGAGGAGCGUAUUUGGGGUUAUACUGGUGGUGCUGGAUUCAUCCAAGCGCUUGCAGCUGGAUACUUCCUCUGGGAUUUAGUAGUCACCAGCAUUAACCUCGAUGUAUUUGGCUUGGGAACCUUGGCGCACGCAAUCGCUGCAUUACUUGUCUACUCGCUCGGUUUCCGUCCAUUUCUCAACCACUACGCCUGUGUCUUCAUCCUCUGGGAGUUAUCCACACCUUUCCUCAAUGUUCACUGGUUUAUGGAUAAACUUAACAUGACUGGUACACGCGCGCAACUAUACAACGGUGUCAUGCUUCUUUUCACAUUCUUCUCCUGUCGGCUUAUUUACGGAACUUAUUCGUCCUUCCGUGUUUACCGCGACGUGUGGUCCGCCAUUAAUAUUAACCCUGACAUAAAGGCACUCAAUUUGCCAACUAUGUCAUUUGCGCACCCAGACUCCACGGUACCCAUGUGGAUUGGCGUCGCCUAUUUGGCCAGCAACGUCACGCUCAACAGUCUUAAUUUUUACUGGUUCUUCAUGAUGAUUCGCGCCGUACGUAAGCGGUUUGUGCCUGCGGCUGAAUCAGAGGAAAAGGUUCAAGAGAGCCCAGUGACUGAGGCUGAGAUUGACCUAUCUUCCGUCUCAACAGGUUUUUCAAAACCCACUGGCGGUCAUCGCCGCAAGGCUUGAUCGGCUCAGGAAAGCCAGCGGGUCUAGUUGCCUCAUAUUCUAAGACGUUUUCGGGAAGCCCUUCUUGUUCGUCGGAUUUGUUGUCGGCUGAGAGCUCGCCUUCGAAAACAUUCAGACUGCUCCCAUCACUUACCGAACAAGGAUGCUCAAGUUUCAAUCACUUUAGACCAUGAAUACAACUCUAUGGAACGGAAGAAACCACUCGAUCUUUUUUCUCUCGUUUGAUCAUCUUAUCCCUGUGGCCCCUUUUUCGAUUCCAUCGCAUUUUGGUAUCACACAUCGCCAGUUUGCAACGAGACCUCGCUUCGUCAAUGAUUUACGUUCUGUUACGACUUUGUAUAGACUUAUAGAUGAGAACAUUAGAAGAGACUGAUCUGGCUUGUCCAGGAACAGCCAUAAAUAUACUAUUAUUAU